AUGUACGCAAAGCUGAUCGUCGCUCUGUGCGCUGUGGGCGUCGCCCACGCUGGCGGUCUCCUGGGAGCCGCUCCUCUGGCCUACAGCAGCCACGCCAUCGCCGCGCCCGCCGUCAUCACCAAGACCAUCUCCCCCGCCGUCUCCUCAGUCUCCUCCUACUCCACCCACACCGCGCACGGCUCCCCCGUGGCCUACGCCGCCGCUCCCGUCUACGCCAAGACCUACGCCGCUCCCGCUGUGACAGCCUACGCCGCUCCCGCCGUCGCCGCAUACUCCGCCCCCGUCGUGACCAAGACCAUCGCUCCCGCCGUGUCUUCUUACUCUUCCUACUCGACCACCACCGCUCACGGCUCUCCCGUCGCCACCUACGCCGCCGCUCCCGUCGUAGCUAAGACCUACGCCGCUCCCGCUGUAGCUGCCUACGCCGCGCCCGCUGUGGCUGCGUACUCCGCUCCCGCUGUUGCCGCGUACUCCGCUCCCAUUAUCGCCAAGUCUUACGCCGCAGCUCCCGUAGCGUCCUACUCCGCGUACUCUGCCCCCGCAUACGGCAGCUAUGCCGCCCCCGUCGCGACCUAUGCUGCGGCUGCCCCCGUCCUGAAGUCUAUCUCCUACUCCGCCGCUCCUGCCAUCGCCUACAGCGGACAUGACAUCGGCUAUGGUGCCCACGGUGCCAGCUAUGGUUGGUAA